AUGUCGAAAUCGCAAUCGGACGUUGCGCAGCACAAACACAUUACCUCGCCCCCAAGUGCUACAGAUCAGCCUUUGCCGCCUCCGCAUACCGAUAGGAAGUCACCUGCAGGGGCGCUUCGUGUUCUAGCGCUUUUCAGACGUAUUCAAGCAGGAACGCACACCGAUCAAGAUCCGUGGAUAGAGUUUCAGCUUGCACAGGGAGAAUAUGAUCAAAUAGAAAAUACGCUCCGGCAAGACGGUGUGCUUUGGGGGUUCGUGGAUGACAAAAUACGGUAUGACUACGACGAAAGCACACGCAGACUUGUCGUUCGCAAGCCUACUGGAGUUCACGAGCUCUUUAUCAACGAGCUGGAGGAUGACAUUCGGAGCCAGCUCAAAGCAAUACGUGGCGGAUUUGACAGAAAGGCUCAAUUCGCGCAAAAAUACGAGCCAGACGCGUCAUUCGGACAUAGUGGUGCACAAUAUCCGGGCGUCAUCAUCGAAGUUGCGUACUCGCAGAAGAAGAAGCGCCUAAGCCGGUUGGCCGAGAACUAUCUCUUAGACUCGGAUGCCAGCGUAAGGGUUGUCGUCGGCCUAGACGUUGAGUACGGCAAGCAGCAGUCACGCAAAGCAACGUUGUCGAUUUGGCGGCCCCAACUGUUUGAAACUGCUGAUGGGCUCGAACUACGAGCUGUCGAAGAGGCCACGGAUGAGGCUUUCCGUGACGAUCAAGGGAACCCCGUCGAACAUCCUGGCCUACGGCUCUUCCUCAGUGAUUUUACCUGCGAGGAACUUUCACAGGAGGAGAUAGGAAAUGACGAUACGGAAAUUCGCAUCUCCGGAAUACAGCUCUGCCACUAUCUUGCUGCAGCGGAGGGCAAAAUGCGGCGAGCACUAAGCAAGCAUUCAUUGGCCAAGGGGGUCACAAAACGGAGACGGUCGGAAACAUCUUUUAAAGAGAUUAAGCCAGGUGCUGAAGCAAGGUACGAUGAACAAGAGGAGAGAGCAGCGAAGCGCACAGCGGAUUAUGACAUUGAUUAA